UACGCAAAUCGCUUCGAAAUUCGAUGGAUUAAACCGGACAAAGGCAAAAAACGUCGAAAAAUGUCACGAAAAUUCACUAAAAAAAGUAGAAAAAGAGCGUCACGUGCUUCUAUCAAGUUGGCGAAUGAGCAGAAAGCCAAGAAAUACGCAAAUAGUACUGUGCCAAUGGAACCCAAUGUAUACACUGAUUCUGGAUCGCCUUUUUCGAAUAGAUAUGCUUCUAACCGAUCUUCACAAGUGAAAAUUCGAAGUGUUCCUCCAGAUUCAGAAGACGAUAUUGCGCUCGAAGGAACAUCAGGUCUUCAUGUUUCAUCUGAACCAGGAUACGAUGUUCCAGAAGACACAAUUUUUUUGAUGAAGAAAAGAAUCAAAAAUCUCGAAAACGAAAAUCAGGAAAUAUCUGAUUCAUUGAAAUUACGAGACGAGUGUAUGGAAGUUUUUUCCGGAAUUUGAACCGUCGUCGCCAUCGAUUGUGCCGCUCAGUUUCAGCAGUGUUCCACCUCAAUUGGCAGUGGAAUCUGAUGAAGAAAUUCUGGACAAAUUGAUUCGAGAAAGCGAAGCUCCAAUCAAAGAUCGUCCCAAGAAACGUUUCAAUUAUAAAAAAUCCGCAAAUGGAGAUCACUCGUCUGUUUUGAAUCCGUCUGGUCAAUACAAAAACGUUCUCCCGUCCAAAAAACCGGUGCAACAAACGAUAAAUAGUGCUCAGCCGGCUGCACCAAAUCCAAUUGCUCAAUACAAGUCUAAGAUGCCUCCUCCACCAAUUUCAAAUCCUGUUGCUCGAUACAGAUCUAUGAUAUCGCAACAAAUGCCGACAAUCUUGCCAAGUUCCGCUGCCAUUGGACAAUUGCAAAACAUUGCAAGGCAAUCUACAAUCCAAAAAAAUAUGCCAAGCUGUAGUGAUGAUGUGGCUAAUACUCUUGUCUCGUCGUUUAUGCCAGAAAUUGGCUCGAUACUACAACCAGGAGCUCAUCUGGGAGAUAAUGGAACACGAAGACGAGUACAAAUCGGAUUUGUGCGAAAAAAUAUUUCACAGGAGUAG